CGUCGUUUUCCUCGGCCUGAUCUCGCCUGUUUCGGGAGCCGCCGGGCAGGCGGACGUGUCUUCGCUGUUCUUCAGCCUGGUAGGCGGACGUACCCGCGGUCGCGGGGGUCCCGGUGCUGGGAGCUUUGUGUUUUAGGGGAUGGAACGGGGUGCAUUGAGGCUCGGCGCGGCAGCCGUGGUUCCAGCCUCCUGCCGGUAUCAAAAAAAUAGCCUGAAGAUGAACUUCUUCCUGGAAACGUGCAGAGCCAUAGGACUUCUUGUUUAUUACUUGCUGGAGUCACUAGUGUUCUUGAUUGUGCCUAAACCGAAGAAGAAUGUUAGUGGUGAAAUUGUAUUAAUAACAGGAGCGGGAAGUGGUAUUGGAAGACUCUUAGCUUUAAAGUUUGCCAGACUUGGAGCCACAGUGGUUCUCUGGGACAUCAAUCAAGAGGGGCUCAAGGAGACAAGUAGACUGGCCAGAGAAAAUGGAGCAGUGCGAGUACACUCCUACAUCUGUGACUGCAGCAAAAGGCAGGAUGUCUACAAGGUAGCUGAUCAGGUUAAAAAAGAAGUUGGUGACGUUAGCAUCCUAGUCAACAACGCUGGUAUUGUAACUGGAAAGAAGUUUAUUGAUUCUCCAGAUUCACUCGUGGAAAAAACCAUGGAAGUGAACAUAAUGGCACACUUCUGGACUUACAAAGCCUUCCUGCCAGCCAUGGUGGCCUCUAACCAUGGGCAUUUGGUUAGUGUUGCAAGCUCAGCAGGACUGACUGGAGUCAAUGGACUUUCAGAUUACUGUGCAAGUAAAUUUGCAGCAGUUGGUUUUGCAGAGUCUGUUGAUUUUGAGAUGAGAGAUCUGGGAAAAACUGGUGUUAAAACCACAAUUGUAUGUCCUUACAUCAUAAACACUGGAAUGUUUGAUGGCUGUGGAACCAAGUGGCCAAGACUGAUUCCUGUUCUGGAGCCGGAGUAUGUGGCUGAAAAGAUAAUGACUGCUAUUCGGCGGGACCAAGAAAUAUUGUUGCUACCACGCAGUCUUUAUUUUUUACUUGCUCUCAGAAAUCUCGUACCAGUGAAAGUAGCUGUUCUCUUCGCGGACUACUUUGGCUACCUCCAUAUCAUGGACACCUUCAAAGGUCGAGCAAAGAAGGACUGAAGAAGUGCAAAAGUCAGAGACCAGCUACUCUAAAGUGGACAUUGUUAAAGGAGGCGGUGGGAAAGGUCUGCUUCUCUAACAGCUGUGAACUUAAGGUGCCUCACUUCUCAUUAGUAACAAUUUCUAAGGAAAUUGCUUUUCUUUGGCUCUUUAAUCAACAGCUUUCACUCAGUUUAUUUUAUAUUCAGGGAACUAUUUUCUUUUCACCUCAUUAUGGAAAUAUAUUAAUUGAAAUUAAUUCAUUUGGUUAUGUCUGUUAUAAUGCCUUAAAAAUGAUCCUGCAUCACAAACUAAUAAUUAGCAGCCUUGGGGGGAGACAAGGCCAAGACGACACGUGUAUUUGGCCGGAAGCCAAGAAAGCCUCCAGUGGGCCUGACUUCUUGCUGCCAUUCACUGAACCAUGAGGAGGGGCCUGUACUGCUGGUGCCAUUACUGUUCCCUGGUGAGCUGAGGAAUUCAGGAGUUUCCUGAAACAACAGAUUCAAAUUUGUACAAAUGGAAGUUUUGUGGAAUAAAAGUAUAUGCUGUGUUGGGCAAAACCAAUGGAAUGUAUUAAAUUUUUAAAGGUGGUGAUCUCAGGACUCACAGAUGACUAUGGAUGCCAGGGCAGGGAUGGGGAAAGAUGUAAAUUAUGUAUUUGUGCUGCUAAUCUACUUUUUGUCUAAUUUAUUUUAAGAGCUAAUACUAUGACUGCAACUUUGUAGUAGAGUCUUUGUAUGUUUUAAGAAAAAAAAAAAAAAAUUGUCUUCUAAGCAAAAUAAACUUCUAUUUUUAAAUCAUAA